AUGGAGAAGGAUGAGGUUUGGCACCUGCAAACAGUGUCCCACACCUGGAAGUGCGAUCCUAUCCUCAAGAUCGUCACCACCGUAAAUUGUGAGAGAGCUCUCUCUCUCUCUCUCAACUUCACAGGACCCAUUGUUUGCACGCCUUGCAUGCAAAUUGAUUUCAAGAAUGCCCUGUGUUGUAAGGUCCCUCUCCCUAAGAAUGCUAAAUACUUAAACACUUGUUAUCGCGAUGAAUCUACCAUCAUGGCAUACGCGUGA